CACCUGCCCGUCAUGGAUCCCACCGAUUUGCUUCCGCUGGUCGACCAGCUGGACGAUGAUGUCGAUGUUUUGGAGGAGGCUCUUGCGCCGCUUUUGAACAGCGCGGUCACCGAGACUUCGAAGAAACUUCCUGUGAUGGACAAGGCGAAAUACCAUGUCAUGGUCACAUACGCUUUGGAAUCGCUGAUUUUCUCGUACCUGCGUCUUCAUGGCGUGAACGCCAAAGACCACCCGGUCUUCCGAGAACUGACUCGAGUGAAACAAUACUUCGCAAAAAUCAAGGCGCUGGAGACCGAGCCGGAGCAGCGGACUAUGACACUGGACAAGGAAGCUGCGGGUCGAUUCAUCAAGCACGGUCUUGCCGGAAAUGACAAAUACGACAUGGAGCGCAAGGAACGAGAGGCAAAAGAAAAAGCGCGCGCGCAGUUCAAGGCAUCACUGCUCGCCAAGAAGCAAGGUGACGCGCCCCAGCAAUCGUCCGAGAACCCCACGAAUGGCUCGGAGUCCGAGUCCGAAUCCGGCUCCGACGAUGAAAUGAAGAUCGAUGAACCGAAGGCCGAAACUACUGCCAAACAAUCGAAGAACACCGCCAAGGCUGCUAAGCCAGAGCAGAAGAAGAAGAACAAGCAGGGGAAGGAUAAGGGCGAGAAGAAAUCCAAGAGCAAGAACAAGCGCAGCAAAGAAGGACGAACCGAAGACAAGAAAGAGAGGAGAAACAAGAAGAAGGAAGUUCGGAAGGACUAGCGAGGGUAGAGUCUCGCGAGCCUGAUCGGCUGGACCCGAUCGUCAGGCUUGAUGUUCGUCUGUUACUGAUCUAGUUUAUUGCAUCUGGGGAUAGAUUCAGGGCAGUGUUAUCCCAUUUCCA